CCCACCCGCGCUCUGCCCCCAGGCGAGGUCCGGAUGCCCUCGGGGAAGGUGGCCAAGCCCGACAUCACGGACAACAAGGACGGGACGGUGACGGUGAGAUACGCGCCCACGGAGGCCGGGCUGCACGAGAUGGACAUCCGCUGUGACAGCCUGCACAUCCCAGGGAGCCCCCUGCAGUUCUACGUGGACUACGUCAACAGCGGGCACGUCACGGCCUAUGGCCCAGGGCUGAUCCACGGCGUGGUCAACAAGCCGGCCACAUUCACCGUCAACACCAAGGAUGCUGGCGAAGGUGGCCUGUCCCUGGCGGUUGAGGGCCCCUCCAAGGCCGAGAUCAGCUGCACCGACAACCAGGACGGCACCUGCAGCGUCUGCUACCUGCCCGUGCUGCCCGGCGACUACAGCAUCGUAGUGAAAUACAACGAGAAGCACAUCGCAGGCAGCCCCUUCACCGCCCGCAUCACCGGCGACGACACACUGCGAAUGUCCCAGCUGAAGGUCGGCUCCUCGGCCGACAUCCCCCUGGACAUCGCAGAGACGGAUCUGAGCCAGCUGACGGCGACCGUCACCCCCCCAUCAGGGCGCGAGGAGCCCUGCCAGCUCAAACGCCUGCGCAACGGCCACGUGGGCAUCUCGUUCGUGCCCAAGGAGGUGGGCGAGCACCUGGUGAAUAUCAAGCGGAACGGGCAGCACAUCCCCAACAGCCCCAUCACGGUGACCAUCAGCCAGUCAGAGAUUGGUGAUGCCAGCCGGGUCCGCGUCUCCGGGCCCGGCCUGAGCGAGGGGCGGACCUUUGAGCCUGCUGAGUUCCUCAUCGACACCCGGGACGCAGGCUAUGGCGGGCUCAGCUUGUCCAUCGAGGGCCCCAGCAAGGUGGACAUCAACACAGAAGACCUGGAGGACGGGACCUGCCGUGUCACCUACUGCCCCACGGAGCCCGGCAACUACAUCAUCUCCAUCAAAUUCGCAGACCAGCACGUGCCAGGGAGCCCCUUCUCGGUGAAGGUGACAGGCGAGGGGCGGGUGAAGGAGAGCAUCACCCGGCGCCGCCGCGCCCCCCCUGUGGCCAACGUGGGCAGCGCCUGCGACCUCAGCCUCAAGAUCCCAGAGAUCAGCCUGGCGGACAUGACGGCCCAGGUGACGGGCCCCUCGGGGCAGCGGCUGGCGGCUGAGGUGCUGGAGGCGGAGAACAGCACCUACUGCGUCCGGUUCGUGCCGGCCGAGACGGGGGUGCACUCGGUCAGCGUCAAGUACAAGGGGCAGCACGUUCCCGGCAGCCCCUUCCAGUUCACCGUCGGGCCGCUGGGCGAGGGCGGCGCCCACAAGGUGCGGGCGGGAGGCCCCGGCCUGGAGCGGGCCGAGGCCGGCGUGCCAGCCGAGUUCAGCAUCUGGACGCGAGAGGCAGGCGCUGGGGGUCUCUCCAUCGCCGUCGAGGGGCCCAGCAAGGCCGAGAUCGCCUUCGAGGACAGGAAAGACGGGUCCUGCGGCGUGGCCUACGUCGUCCAGGAGCCCGGUGAUUACGAGGUGUCGGUGAAGUUCAACGAGGAGCACGUUCCCGAAAGCCCCUUCGUGGUGCCGGCGGCGGCCCCCUGCCAUGAUGCCCGGCGCCUGACUGUUACCAGCCUUCAGGAGUCAGGCCUCAAGGCCAACCAGCCAGCUUCCUUUGCAGUCAGCCUGAACGGCGCCAAGGGGGCGCUGGAUGCCAAGGUGCACAGCCCCUCGGGCGCGCUGGAGGAAUGUCACGUCACCGAGAUCGACGAAGAUAAAUACGCCGUGCGCUUCAUCCCGCGGGAGAACGGCCUCUACUCCAUCGACGUCAAGUUCAACAGCACCCACAUCCCCGGCAGCCCCUUCAAGAUCCGCGUUGGGGAGCCAGGCCAGGCGGGCGACCCGGGCCUGGUGUCUGCGUACGGCGCGGGCCUGGAGGGGGGCACCACCGGCAGCCCGGCGGAGUUCGUGGUGAACACGACCAACGCGGGCCCCGGGGCCCUGGCCGUGACCAUCGACGGCCCCUCCAAGGUGCAGAUGGACUGCCAGGAGUGCGCCGAGGGCUACAAAGUGACCUACACGCCCAUGGUGCCCGGCAGCUACCUGAUCUCCAUCAAGUACGGCGGCCCCUACCACAUCGCCGGCAGCCCCUUCAAGGCCAAGAUCACAGGCUCCCGCCUGGGGAGCAGCCACAGUCUGCACGAGACGUCCUCUGUCUUCGUGGACGCAGCCGGGCGGGCGGAGGUGGCCGUGCUGCAGGGGGCGCCCCCCAAGUUCGCCGCGGACGCCAGCAAGGUGGUGGCCAAGGGGCUGGGGCUGAGCAGGGGCUUCGUGGGCCAGAAGAACUCCUUCACGGUGGACUGCAGCAAAGCAGGGAACAACAUGCUGCUGGUGGGCGUGCACGGCCCUCGCACGCCGUGCGAGGAGAUCCUGGUGAAGCACCUGGGGAACCGGCUCUACAGCGUCUGCUACCUGCUGAAGGAAAAAGGCGACUACGUCCUGGUGGUGAAAUGGGGCGACCAGCACGUGCCCCACAGCCCCUUCCACGUCGCUGUGCCGUAGCCCGCCCGCCCGGACACCUGGGUCCCCGCCGCCUACAGCCCUCGCCCCUCCCCCCGGCGCGCCGCCGCCUUCGCCGCUUCGCCCAGUUAACCCCCCCCCCCCCCC